UACUCCGCGCGCCCCGCCCCCUAGGCGUCCCGCCGGCAGAAACGCGGGAACUGUCGGGCCCUGGGGUGGGGUCGCCCGCUUGCGGAGUCUCGGUGAUUGCUAGAGUCAGCCCUGCCUUCGGCUUUCCAAGGAGCCUUUCCCCCUAGGGCGGGGCGAUGCCGGGGAACCGGCUGCCGAGGGUCCGCUCCGGGAACGAGCCUCAUCCCGCGCCCUCCAUGGAGCCGGCGGGUCGCGGGGCCUGGGCCCACAGCCGCGCCGCGCUCGCCCGGCUGGAGAAGCUGCUGCGCUGCUCGCGUUGCACUGAUAUUCUGAGGGAGCCUGUGUGUUUAGGAGGAUGUGAGCACAUCUUCUGUAGUAAUUGUAUAAGUGACUGCUUUGGAUCCGGAUGUCCAGUGUGUUACACCCCCGCUUGGAUACAAGAUGUGAAGAUAAACAGACAGUUGGACAGCAUGAUCCAGCUUUGUAGUAAGCUUCGAAACUUGCUGCAUGACGCUGAUUCUUCAGAUUUGAAAGAAGAAACAUCUAGAAAAAGUUUAUUUAGUGAUGCAGAGUAUAAGAAGAAUUCAAUAAAAAUGUGGUUUAGUCCUCGAAGUAAGAAGGUCAGGUAUGUUGUGAGUAAAGUUUCGGUGCAAACCCAUCCUCCUAUGAUAAAUGAUGAAAAUGCCCAGCAGGCCUCCCUGUAUGAGUUUGUCUCUACAAGCCCUCCAGUGGAUGUUUCUGAGAGGGCUAAGAAGGCUUCCACAAGAUGUAGAAAAAAACAGAAAAAGAAGACUUUAGCUGAAAUCAACCAGAAAUGGAAUUUAGAGGCAGAAAAAGAAGAUGGUAAACUGGACUCCAAAGAGGAGUUUAAGGAAAAGCUGGUGUCCUUCUGUAGCCAGCCAUCUGUUAUUGCUAGUCCGCAGAUGAAUGGCGAAAUAGACUUACUAGCCAGCGGCUCUGUAACAGAAUCUGAAUGUUUGGGAAGCUUCACCGAAGUCUCUUUACCACUGGCUGAGCAUAUAGAGUCGCCAGAAAUGGAGAGCAAGAAUGAAGCAGUGACUCCUGAGAAGACUCUCUGUGAAAAUGUCUUAGAUGAAUCUAAGAAAUCCUUGCCGUCACGUCAUAAUGGGAACCGUGGGUGCCGCAGCCGACUUACCAGUCCCGUUUCUAAGAGAUGUAGGAACAGCAUUCCGAGCACCAGCGGAAAUUCUGUUAAGCAAACAGUGCUCUCCGAAAAUGUGCCAUCGCCUGGAUGUUCUUCACCACCUUCAAACAAGCUUAAACGUGGUGCCACGUUAAGGAGGAAAACCAGUAAUAUAUUAGAUGAAUCCAUUAGCCUUUCACCAGGUACGCCCCCUUCUACACUGAAUAGUCCAAGUUACAGACGAAUGAUGUCCAGCCCCUCAGCAGUGAAGCUGUCACCCAGUAGCCUUACGGCUGUGAAAAGAAAUCAUCGCGGGGAGACUUUGCUCCAUAUCGCCUCAAUUAAGGGCGACAUACCUUCUGUUGAAUACCUCUUAGGGAAUGGAAGCGACCCGAAUGUUAAAGACCACGCUGGAUGGACGCCAUUGCACGAAGCCUGCAAUCAUGGGCACCUGAAGGUAGUGGAGUUGUUGCUCCAGCACAAGGCUUUGGUGAACACCACCGGGUAUCAGAACGACUCGCCCCUUCAUGAUGCAGUGAAGAAUGGGCACGUGGAUAUAGUCAAGCUGUUACUUUCCUACGGAGCCUCCAGGAAUGCUGUUAACAUAUUUGGUCUGCGGCCUGUGGAUUAUACAGACAGUGAAAAUAUGAAAUCACUAUUGCUGCUGCCAGAGAAAGAUGAAUCAUCAUCAACCAGCCAUUGCUCAGCAGUAAACACUGGUCAGCGCAGGGAUGGACCUCUUGUACUUAUAGGCAGUGGGCUCUCUUCAGAACAACAGAAAAUGCUCAGUGAGCUUGCAGCAAUGCUUAAGGCUAAAAAGUGUGCUGAGUUUGACAGUGCAGUAACGCAUGUCGUUGUUCCUGGUGAUACAGUUCAAAGCACCCUGAAAUGUAUGCUUGGGAUUCUCAGUGGAUGCUGGAUUCUAAAAUUUGAGUGGGUGAAAGCUUGUCUACAAAGAAAAAAAUGUGAACAGGAAGAAAAGUAUGAAAUUCCUGAAGGGCCAAGGAGAAGCAGGCUCAACAGAGAACAGCUGUUGCCAAAGCUGUUUGAUGGAUGCUACUUCUAUUUUGGGGGAACCUUCAAACACCAUCCAAAGGACAACCUUAUUAAGCUUGUCACUGCAGCUGGGGGCCAGAUCCUCAGUAGAAAGCCCAAGCCAGACAGUGAUGUGACUCAAACCAUCAAUACAGUCGCAUACCAUGCCAAACCUGAUUCUGAUCAGCGCUUCUGCACGCAGUAUAUCAUCUAUGAGGAUUUGUCUAAUCAUCGCCCAGAGAGAGUUCGGCAGGGCAAAGUCUGGAUGGCUCCUUCCAGCUGGUUUAUAGAUUGUGUGAUGUCCUUUGAGCUGCUCCCUCUUGACAGCUGAAUGCUACACCAGAUGAACAUUUUAAACUGAACCCACAGAGUGUGAGAACCCAGUGAUUGCAUUGUUUUGAUCACUCACAUUUUUACAAAUAGGUAGACUCAUUCAUGUACUCUUUUCCCUUGAAUUAAAAAAACAAAAACAAAAACUGUAUGCCAGAUUAGGAAUUCAUACUCUCUUUACCAUUUAGAUGCUGAGAUUGCUUUAAAGGAUUUUUCAUUUUAAAACUGGCAUGUAUUUAUCAUGUCUUUCUAUUCAUGUAAUCAGCUAUCAAAGAUAAAUGAGAGGGUAUCAGAACUGUUGGUUAAAUAUAAAAGUGGUAUCAUUAUGUCUCAACCUUUUAAUGUUCUUUGAUGAAAAAAAUCCACACCUAUGACCAGCAAAAAUACUACCUUCCUUUAGUUAGCAAAUACUAUUGUCAAGUAAUUUAUUCAGGCUUUAUUAUAAUGAAAAAACAUUACUUGGUCUAAAUGUGCCUUCAUAGGUGUUUAAUUUUUCUCCUGUCUACAGUUGUGUUUAUUUAGCUACUUAUAAUUACUUGGAUGUCUGUUCCUACGUUUUUAUCCUAUUAAAAAAAAAAUCUUGUCUGUUAAUCAGGAAAUCAUGAUUUGAAUCUUAACAUUAUUCUUUGGUGGUGAAAAUCGACAUUGGGCUCAUGGCACAUGUUUUAUUGUAUUUUCUUCUUCUUCUUCUUCUUUUCUUUUUUUUUUUGUCUUUUUGCCAUUUCUUGGGUUGCUCCCGCAGCAUAUGGAGGUUCCCAGGCUAGGGGUCUAAUCAGAGCUGUAGCCACCGGCCUACGCCAGAGCCACAGCAACGUGGGAUCUGAGCUGCGUCUGCAACCUACACCACAGCUCACAGCAACGCCAGAUCCUUAACCCACUGAGCAAGGGCAGGGAUCGAACCCGCAACCUCAUGGUUCCUAGUCGGAUUCGUUAACCACUGAGCCAUGACGGGAACUCCUUAUUUUCCUAUUAAUCAAUCUAUAGGUGUGUUAAUAGUGUAUUUUAUAUAUAUGUAUAUAUAUGCAUACUUAGAGAAAUUUUAAUUUCAGUAUUUCUUAGGUGGACUUAUCAGACUAACAAAUUGUCAAGUCAAUUGUAAAUAAAUUAAGAAGCAGUCUUUCUGCUAGAUCUUACUAAGUAUUGCUAAAAUGAUUUUUCGAAAGUCUUAAUUUCUUUUCAGUAAAUUCUUUUUCAUUUUUAGAUUGAUAGGAGACAGAAGUUGGUGAUUACUUGAUUUAGAACAGAUUUUGUCCAGAUGAUACAAAAGGCCGUGACAGUAUGUCUAAUGGUAGGAGUGAGAAGGCUUUACUCAUAAUACCAGGACCUUUAAGGCUGCAGAGUAGUGGACACGACAUCACCUGAGAACAGGGAGACCUGGGGAGGUUACUCUGAUCUGAGUGUUUUUAUUUGUGAAUUGUGAUGGUAGGGGUAGAUCAUUUUAAAACAUUUUCUAAGAAGUAGAGUUCUUUAUUAAUCUUCCUCAAGAGUCAGUGUACCUGUAAUAUUAAAGACAUGGAAAGAGAGUUACUGUAGAUACUUGCCAGUUUGGUCCCUUUUGGGCCAAAGGGAAAAGUUAGCUGUGCACUAGAUUAGUAUAUGGAGAGUCUGAAGUGGAUAAACAUUUUAAGAUCCAUUUAUUUGAAGUUUGAGAUUCAGCUGAUUAUUUUAAAAUAAAAUUUACUGUAAUUCCUUCUUUGACAUUUUAUUUUCCAUACUAAAGAAAUAUGUUACGGGGACACAGUGGUACUGCCGACCCUGACCUUCAAGGGUGAGUUAGUUCCAGAACACUCUUUCCAACCAGUAAUGUGUUUGUCCCACAUUUCUUUCUACUGGAGAAUGAUGAACUACAUAGCACCAAACAAAUUGAGGGGUUAGAUAAUGUUUGGAUUAAAUAAUUUAAGACUCUCUGUGCUUUUGGUUGUCAUUUUUUAUUUAUGACUGACUUUUAGUCACUUUCUAUUGCUUCAUUGGUCAUAUUCAUAGACAGGUUUGUGUUUGUUCCUCUGAUCUGAAUUCCUGUUUGUCAAAACACUUUUGGGAGUUGCUACGCACUUUCUUCAUUCAUUUUCUUGGUUUUUCCUCCUCCUCCUCGUCAUAUUUUGUCUCCCACUAUUAAGCAGUUUUAUUUUUGGUUAUUUUAGGUAUUUAUUUCGACAGCAGUUAAUUGAUGUUAAGCUCUUGAACUUACGUUUUCUGUAUAGAUAUAUUGUAAUUAUUUUCAUUUUUCAAUCAUAGAUUCAAGUUUGAUUUUUAUUUACCAUAAAUCAUUAAAGUUAUCUGAGCUUCCGUAUCUGUUUCUUCUAGAGGUGGCUAAUUCUACACUCUUGAAGAAUGAGACUCUGCAAGACUUGUUAGGAAAUCUUUCAAAAGCUUAUCUUUUUGAGCACUGUAUUUCUAAAGUAUAUUAUGUACUUAAAUAAAUUUUUUGAAUAUAA